UCGCUCAGGCUCUGUACGUGUGAAAGAGGCUGUGUCUUUAAGAGAGCCGCAUUACAGGUGGGAUGACGCUGUCUAAAAGACUCAGUGUGGUGGGGACGAUGUGUUUCGUGGGUUAACAGCAGCACUCAUUUUUGCCCCUGUCUCUGAUGCUCAAGAAAAGGUGGUGUCUAUUAUUCACUGCCGAAGACGGCUCCGCGAUUCUUCUCUUGAGACUCAACGCUAAUGCUGUAUCCAUGUGCAAUGCUUUUGACAGCUUUACCCCAACUAAAUCUAAAGGUUGAUGACCCUAUUGAUAUGCUCCCCAAGUCAAGAAAAGCUCUUAGUAUCCAGGAAAUUGCAGCUCUGGCCAGAUCAUCAUUUAAUGGCAUCUCACAGGUGGUGAAGGAUCACGUGACCAAACCCACGGCCAUGGCUCAGGGUCGGGUGGCUCAUCUGAUUGAGUGGAAGGGCUGGUCUAAGCCCUUAGACCCUCCAUCUGCCACACUGCAGUCUCACUUUAACUCCUACUCCCAUCUCAGCGAGGGAGAGCAGGAGGCCCGGUUUGCAGCAGGUGUGGCUGAGCAGUUUGCCAUUGCAGAGGCGAAGCUCCGUGCCUGGACCUCUGUAGAUGAGGAGGAGAUGGACGAAGAGUCAUAUGAAGAGGACCCUCCUCUAUAUGACGAGCCAAUCACAACAACUCUGAGCUCAGACGCGGUAUUAUCCAAUCAAAGCUGCCCAGUGCCAAGUCAGGCUGAGACAGACGUCGCUGAACUCGCAUUCAGUCAGUCAGACACCGACCGGAGUGUGCAGGAACCCUUCUCCACACAGACAGACCAAGACGACCUGCUCAUCUCAGAAGAAGUGCCACCACAUGCCCAAGAACUCCAGCUUUCAGAAGGGGAGGGCGACAGGGCAAUGUGUGCGGUUUACAAACCAGACCGCAGGCCUUUGUGGAGCAAGGGAGACUCCUGCUACUACUCCACCUCCUACUCCGAGUCUGGCCUUUCACCCGAGGAAGAAGAAGAGGAUGGAAGAGAUGUGGAGGAAGGGGAGGACAACGUCUUUCAGGAAGUCAUCCGCUGGUACAGACACUGCCGAAGCAUCUCCGAUACCUCUGGAGCCGUGUCUUUUGAUGAGGAAGAGGAGGAGGAAGAGCAGGAAGAAGGUUCCAAGCAGUGACGCUGUGCUCUCGCUCGCCCUUUUGUCUCAGUCCCUUUGUAGUAACCCUUCUGUGAAGUGUUUGUCCAGUCUGUUAUGCAUUCAGACACGAUGGCUUGUUUUUCUUCUCCAUACUUUAAAAGGGAUAGUUUAUCUAAAAAAUUAAAAUUCAGUCACCAUUUACUCUCCCGCAUGUCCAUCGUAAUCUGUUUGACUUUUUUCUGUGAAACAUUAAAGAUUGAAAUGUUUUUUGGUUUUAUUUUUAAUGAUAAUAACCCUGGUUCAAACUGGUCUUUUCAAUACAAUUAAAGGGUUAGUUCACCCAAAAAUGUUAAUUAAUUGUCAUUAAUUACUCACCCUCAUGUCGUUCCAAACCUGUUAGACCUUCGUUCAUCUUCAGAACACAAAUUAAGAUAUUUUUGAUAAAAUCCGAUGGCUCAGUGAAGCCACUAUUGACAGCAAGAUAAUUAACACUUUCAAAUGCCCAGAAAGGUACUCAAGACAUAUUUAAAACAGUUCCUGUGACUACAGUGGUUCAACCUUAAAGUUAUGAAGCGACGAGAAUACUUUUUGUGUGCCAAAAAACAAAUAACGACUUUAUUCAACAAUAUCUAGUGAUGGGCGAUUUCAAAACACUGCUUCAUGAAGCUUCGAAGCUUUACAAAUCUUUUGUUUCGAAUCAGUGGUUCAGAGCUUAUAUCAAACUGCCAAAGUCAAGUGAUUUCUGUAAACGAGGCUUCGUUAUGACAUAAAUGUUUCGAAAUUUCAAUGGUUCACCACUGGGGGGCGUGAUUUUGGCAGUUUGAUACACGCUCCGAACCAAUGAUUUGAAACAAAAGAUUCGUAAAGCUUCGCAAAGUAUUCUCGUCGCUUCAUAACAUUGAGGUUGAACCACUGUAGUCACAUGAACUGUUUUAAACAUGUAUUUUAGUAUCUUUCUGGGCAUUUGAAAGUGUUAAUUAUCUUGCUGUCAAUGGAGGCCUUACUGAGCCAUCAGAUUUUAUCAAAAAUAUCUUAAUUUGUGUUCUGAAGAUGAACGAAGGUCUUGACAUGAGGAUGAGUAAUUAAUGACAGAAUUUUCAUUUUUGGGUGAGCUAACCCUUUGAAUGAUGACUAUGGCUGUUGAGCAAGAAUUUCAGCGAACAAUGACUUAAAUUUUAGUCUGUUUGCCACGUAAAGUUAUAGUAUGGCUUCAGAAGACUAAAAAUGUAACGUAUAAGUCAUUGGACCACUUAUGAUACUUUUAUGGUGCUUUUUAAAGGUCACCAUUUGCCUUCAUUGUAUAUAAAAGAGCAGCGUGAACAUUUAUCAAAACGUCUUCUUUUGUGUUCCACAGAGGAUAAAAAGGGCGAGUAACUGAGGACAGAAUUUCAAUUUUAGAGAUAACUACCCCUUUAAUCUCUUCCACUCUUUCCCUGCUUCCUCUUGAUCUACACGUUCUUCAUUUGAAAUGAGCGUUCAAGAAAUCUACAGUACUGUUUCCUCAUUCAAGCGGCGAGUAGGAUGAUAGUGACAUUAUGAUAACAGUUUCCAGUGAAACACGGACGUGAUGCUCAUUACUUGUGCUCUUGGUGUAUUCAGCAGCUUCCCCGUUUGUCGCAUAUCUGUGACGACGCAUCAAGAGACUGGAAUAUCUCUGUGAGGAACAUGGUUUCAAACGUUUUUCUGCUGUGACCAUUCAAAAGUGACAACGCUCAUAGUAAGAUGUCGUUAAUACUUCAGGACUGCAGGUUUCCUAAGGGACAGACAAAGCCCACUUCUUUAUUUUGUUUGGGUUUAGAUGUCACGCUGCAAGUGCUCGUGUGUCUCGGCUUAUUGCUCCAGAAGGGUUGAGGUGCAGGAAGGUUUCUGCGUUGUAACUAUGAAUAGAAUGUGCCUGUUUAUUAUGAUCACUGUGUGAUGUAUAUUACCAAACUAUGGAAGGCCAUUUCUGCCACAAAAAAAAAAAAAAAAAAAAAAAAAAAAAACUUGCUUUGGUAAAUCAUGACAUUAGAAGUUGAAAUUAUGACUUUAUGACAGACUAAGUUAUAUUUAUGAUUUAAAUUAUGACAUUGACAUGUAAGAUAAGUCAACCCGAUCUCGCAGCAAUUCGUAGGUAUUUUACGAGGUGGCUAAUUCGUAUGAAUUCAUACAUUUCUUGAUAAAUCGUACGUAUUUUACGAAUUCAUACGAAUGACCUACCCCAAACCCCGCCCCUAAACCUACACGUCACUGGGGUUUAGACAAAUCAUAUGAAUUAGACACCUCGUAAAAUACGUACGAAUUGGUCGUGAGAUAGCAUUAUGACAUAAGUCAUUUAUGAAAUGAAGUUGAAAUAAAAAGUCAUGAUAUGUCAAAAUUGACAUCUUAAGUCAUAAGAUGAAAAGUCAAAAUUAUGACAGUCAUACUUAUGAGAUAGUGUCAUACGGAGCACAUGAUAUGCAAGAAAAUUUGUUUUAUCGUGCGCACGAUUUACUAUUUCGUUCCCUCGAUUUAUAAAUCGUGCGCACGAUUUAGCCUACUAUUUUUUAACUGCAUGUCAUGUCCGGGGCUCCGUAAUAAUUAUGACGUAAAACGUCACUUAUGAGAUGAAAUUUGAAAUUAUGACAUACCAAGUCAAAAUUGAUAUGUCUAAAUUAUUCAAUAAAAAUACAUAAUUAUGACAACAACAAAAAAAUCAUAUGAGAUAAAACAUUCAAAUUAUUAAAAAAGGUAAAUUAUGACAUCAAAAUUGACAUACUAAGUUGAAAUUGAUACAUUAUCAGAAUCAUGACAUCAUUUAUGAGAUGAAAGAUCUAAAUUAUGACUAUCAAUUUUUUGUCAUAUUUUUAACUAUUUGAAUUUUUGUCACGCAUUCUUAUAGUGUUGACUUGUCAUAAUUUCGACUUCAUAAUUUUUCAUCUUUUUUUCAUAAUUUUGAUCUCAUAACAUUGCCUUAGUAUCUCAUAAUUUCAAUUUUUUUGUAACAAUUGAUUUGCCAAAGCAUUUUUUUCCUUAUGUGGCGGAAAUGGGCUUCCAUACCAAACUGAGUGAGAAUCCUUUAUCAUGUUUCUUACUUUCCUUUCUGCCAUAUUUUCCCUCCCUAUCUGCACUUCAUUAGGUGUUUGAUUUGUGAUUGGCUGCUAAAUGAACAGGUUUUUUCAAGAUACUAGUUUAACCUUGACAUGCAGCUACAGUAAAACAGUAGACAGAAAGAAUAUGAUGCCUUUCCGAACUGCAUUCAUUCAUUGCAGAAGCAUGGGGAAGGGCAGUGUAAAUUCAUAACCAACAAUGUUUUGUCAUUUUUAUCCCCAGUAUGGACCGGUAAUGUCAUGAUGUUCAUUGAUGUGAAUGUGUGAAUCCCUGCAAAAAGUUUUUUUUUUUUUUUAUUGUUUGUACAGAAAAUGUCUGAGGUCAAAUGUGAGAAUUAUGAUUGCAUUAAAGUUAUGUGUAUAUUCA